AUGGCGGCACUUGUUUGGAGCAAUGUGACGGAAACCGCAAAUGUAUCUGUACAGAAGGCCCUUAAUGUGACUGCCGUGUCUUGUAAGGAACUCUAUGACAAACACAAGUCCAGAGAGAGUCAAGUGUAUCCACUGAUGUUUAGUGAGCAGACGAUUCCUGUUUAUUGUCACAUGGAAAACUUUGGAUGUGGAGAUGGAGGAUGGACACUAGCCAUGAAGAUUAACGGCAAUAAGUCUUUCUCUUUUGUCUUACCUGAAGACGCUGCGCUGAUAAAUCACGUGCUCACUAAGUACAAGGUCACCUCGGUGAUCGAUUGUGCUCACCGGUGCAUACGCGAGUCCAGGUGCGUUUCCUUCAACUACGAGGAUCACGCUACGUCGCUACGACACGUGUGUCAGAUCAAUGACGAGAAAAAGCAAAAGAACUUUGAAAACUUCAUUGGCCUGGAUGGCUUCAGUUACUAUGAGUUUGAGCCUUUCGCAUGCGGUGUUGGUUGUCAAAAUGGCGGCACCUGUUUGGAGCAAUGUGACGGAAACCGUAAAUGUAUCUGUACAGAAGGAUACACCGGAGUACAUUGUGAAAAUAUUCUUACAAAAGAAACAUUACGUAAGAAGCACAACAAAAACCUCUCAUUUGUACUCAUACUUUCAAUCUACAUUAUCAGGUUUAUGCCCUUUACGUGCUAGUAAAACGUACACCCCGCAACCUUCACUACAAGCGCAUUUUAAAACACUUUACAUGUCUGACAGAAGUUUAAUCUUUUUUACAGCCCUUAAUGUGACUGCCGUGUCCUGUAAGGAACUGUAUGACAAACACAAGUAAGUUCACAGCUAAAUUCCGUUUUGACAAUUAAACAGAUUCGCUCAC